AUGCCAAAAUUACCCAACGUCAAUUUGGCUCUUUACACGCUUUCAGUGCCAAGCAUUAGGCCGGUGCUAACUGCUAAAAUGGCAAGGCAAACAGUGACAUCGAUUUUUUUUGGUGAUAUACUGCCAUGGCUUCCGACAAUUACACCGAUAGAAACGCUGUUUUCCGCAAGCUCAGGGCGAGGUCUGAGAACAAGAUGUGUUUCGAUUGCAACGCUAAAAAUCCGACUUGGGCGUCUGUUACAUAUGGGAUCUUCCUGUGUAUCGAUUGUUCGGGGGCCCACCGGAGUCUCGGGGUGCACAUCAGCUUUGUUAGAGUGGCUCUAUCCGAAUCAAACGCAAAUCCAACUCGUUGCACGGGUUGAACGGAAGCUCGAAAUGGCCCUCCGCUCCCGAUACACAGAUGAGAGUCUUUCUGCACUGAGACCACAAUGGCGGCAAAUCGCCUUUGCUCCAAAUUACAAUACCAAUUCCGGCCAUUACUUUAUGAAUGUUCAAUCCCUUAAAAAACUGAAUAAGUUUGAUAGUGUAACAAUAGUAGCUAGCCCUUCUUAUAAGCGAAUUGAAGCGGCCGUAACGGGAUUGGCGUCGCUUGAAGUCCAUUACCAGGCUCUACCUUUUGAACCUCCUUUGAUGUUGCCUGCUGAUAUUGAUAUAACCAUCGUUUUCAUUCUGCUGAGCGAGUUCUUAAACUGUAGGUCAACAAAUAUGGAUUCAUGGACCCCUGAGCAGUUAAAAAUGAUGUGCUUCGGCGGAAAUAACCGAGCUCAGGUUUUCUUCAAACAGCACGGAUGGAGUGACGGUGGCAAGAUUGAGGCCAAAUAUACCUCAAGAGCUGCUGAGUUGUACCGACAAUUACUGUCGAAAGAAGUUGCUAAAAGCAAUGCAGAGGAUGCUGGCUUGCCUUCCUCCCCCGUUGCUUCACAGUCAUCAAAACCUAAUGGAUUUUCUGAUAUUAACUUCAAUGAAGAUCCAAAGGGAAGUUCUCUAAACGAUGUCCCAAAGGAAACUGCUGCUCCCAAAACUGUGACUCCUGAGGCUUCUUUAUCUCCAAGAGCCCCUCAAACAGUUACAGCAAUUACUGUGAAGAAAACUCUUGGUCCAAGGAAAACUGGGAAAACUGGAGGCCUAGGUGCUAGGAAGCUCACUACCAAGCCCAGUGAGAGCCUUUAUGACCAGAAGCCCGAGGAGCUUCCUGUACAAAUUUCAUCUGCAAACUCUUCAUCGAGCAGCACUGCUGCAGUUGGUUCAUCAUUUACGUCGAGAUUUGAGUAUACAGACAAUGACCAACCUACUGAGACAAGCUCUGGAGGUUCGCGUGCUGGCCAUGUAGUACCUCCAAAGUCAUCCAAUUUCUUCGCAGAAUAUGGUAUGGAAAGUGGCUUCCCAAAGAAGAUCAGCUCAAACUCCACAAAAGUCCAAGUUGAGGAAACGGAUGAGGCGAGGAAAAAGUUUUCUAAUGCGAAAUCAAUAUCAUCAGCUCAGUUUUUUGGUGUUCAAAACAAUGCUGGUGAUUUGGAUGCAGCAGCUUCUUUGCAGAAAUUCUCUGGGUCUUCUUCGAUCUCCAGUGCUGAUCUCUUUGGUCAUGAUUCGAGUCCUACUUCCAUUGACCUUACAGCAAAUGAACUCAUUCAUAAGUUGUCUUUCCAGGCACAGCAAGAUAUCUCCUCCCUUAAGAAUAUGGCAGGAGAAACCGGGAAGAAACUCAGUUCCCUCGCAUCCUCUUUAUUAACUGAUCUUCAGGACAGAAUCCUCUGAUGAUAAGAUUAUGAGGUCUGUAUCUUUACAUGAAAACAAAGAUUGUUGCACUGCUUGUUGCCCUAUAUUAUGUAGUUUGUGUACAAGAGAGCAUUUUUUUUUUUUAGAAAAAAACCAUGAUAAGUUUAAACUCUUGAGGCUUAAGAUACGCUUGUGGAUUUUUUCUUUCUCCCUUUUGAAUAGUUAUGCAGAACAUGUCUCAUGCUUAAUGCCUUUUGGGUUGGUAUGACUGAUUCUCUCUCACAUUAAAUUUCAAAUGAUCUGAUGCGAACAGGGUAUUCUUGUUCUUAUUAUCUUCUAUUAAUCUACUUUGGAAUUUUUGGAAUAAUCUGCAGUGAACUUACUCGUUUGAAAUGAUAUAAUUUUGUAGAGCAUAGUCUGUGGGGGGUUCCUUGUGU